AAAAAAUUGGCCCAGGGUUUAGUGUCAAGGAGGCAGACAUCCUGCAACUUCCGUAUCUAGAUGCAGUCCUAAAAGAAACAAUGAGACUUCAUCCCGCAGCACCGCUUAUCACCCAUUCUGCCAUGACAGACGUGCAACUUUGUGGUUUCGUCAUUCCAAAACAUACUCAAGUAAUGGUGAACGCAUGGUCGAUCACGAGGGACACAGCUUACUGGAAAGAUCCCACCAUAUUUCUACCAGAAAGGUUUCUGAAUUCAGAUUUGGAUUUCAGGGGGAGGGAUUUAUACUUCAUCCCUUUUGGCGCUGGAAGGCGAAUUUGCCCUGGAUUGCCUCUGGCAGUGAGAAUAGUGAAAUUGUUGUUAGCUACUCUUGUACAUAAUUUUGAUUGGAAACUUCCUAAUGGUAUGGAGCCAAAGGAUAUGGACAUGAGAGAUAAGUUUGGGCUUACACUUGAGAAAGCUAAGCCACUUGCUGCUAUUCCAAUGAGAGUUUCAAAUUGUUGAAGUUUUCCUUAUCAGACUGUUGGGGUUGGGGAAUCCCGCAUAUUUCAGUGUCCAAGUCGAUGUCCUUUCGUAUUGAAGUUGAUCAUAGAUCAAUUUGUCACUGAGCAAGCUGGCUUUGUAUCUUCUAAUGGCUAACUAAAGCCACAUGUGAAUAAAAUGAUCAAGGUUGAUUUCUGGUCAG